GUCACUCUUGUGGAUCCACCGCCCUUUGAUCGUGGUGCCUCCAUGCAGGACAUCCGGGGAUUUUGUCAUUGAGCUGUGUGGAAGGGAUCAAGGCUCUACUGUUUUCCAGUAGAAUAUCUCCAUGACUGAACGCAUCGCUGGCAUCGGAGCAGGGCAGACACUGAAAUACUGACUGGAUUAACGAAGCACGUGAUGCGGACAUUGUCUGGAUUAUAAAGUAUAGUUGUGGGAGGUGUACAAGUUUACAGAGCAUCCGUACCACUGCAAAUUACGCAAAGAAGAGAAAAUGUAUGGACACUCAGGACCAUUUUCCUACUCACCAAGGGGAUUUUUUCAAGAGGACCUUCCCCAGCAGAGGCAAGGUUUCCAACAAGAUGACUUCAAGAGUUCCCUGUUGCAAAGAAAUGGCAUGGCCAGGCCCAGUGGCAAAUCCAUAUACACACAGAGAAAGGAGUACUCAGAAACACUGAGCACGCAACCUGACAACUUUCAGUACAGAGUGGAGCACCUGUUGAGCAUUGAGCUGGAUGGCCAGGAAGUACGGGGCCUGGAUGACUGUGUGGCCAAGCUCAAGAGGUUGGACGCUAAAAGCCGUCUGUGGCCUCAGGAGAUGAUCCUGGAGGUUCAGGGCAGAUAUCUACAGCUUAGCGACAUUGAGACCAAGGCAGAACUGGAGUCACUUCCUCUGGAUAGCAUCCUGCAAACAAAGGCUGUGCUGGACAGCUGUGUGUACAACUCUCUGCUGACAAUCACUGUGCAGGAACGCAGCAAGCGCAUCCCUCAGGUCUUCCUGUUCCAGUGUGAGGAGGUUGGGGCAGACCACAUCAGGCAUGAUUUGGACAAAGCAGUCCAACACAAAGGAGCUGACGGGGAACCACCCAGAGAGCAGUCUGACAUCAGGAGUAAUCUGGAGCACAUCAUAGGGCAGCACAUUCCAGGAAGUUUCUGGCAGUCUGGGUCUCAUCCUGUGCAGCGGGAGUGGACCCCUCCUCCGCCACCACCAGAUCAGCCGGCCCCACGGUGGAACAUCAGAAACUCAGAUAAUAUGGUUCUCCCACGGGUCCACACACACAAAGAUGGAAGCAUGUUCCGAAGAGGGUUUGAUGGACUUCGGAAUGGACUAGAAGAUCCUCCUCCACAUGAUUAUACAGAGAUAGACAGGGACACGGACAUUUUAAACCAUAUUUUUAGUGACAUAGAGACCUUCUUGGACAAAGUCUUCCUGGCUGCAGAUGCAUCUAAACCAAAUGAAGCAAAAAGAAAGAAGAAAAAAAAGAAGAAAGAGUCAAAGAAAAAUGCUACCAGUCUGCCACCUUUGGAAGAAUAUGUCUCCUGUCUUCAGAAGUUCAAGUAUGGCUUCAAUCUUCUGGGAAAACUGAAUGGGCAGCUGGCCAACCCCAGUGCUCAAGAAUUUGUCCCCAUCCUCUUCUUUUGCCUGGACUCGAUAGUAUGUCAGUACCCUACCGACCUGCCCCCAACAGUCCUCAGCCCCAUGCUGACACAGCCAGCCCUACUGCUGCUCAGUGAGGUGGUCAGUCCAGAGGAGGACAAGCUGUGGAGGUCUCUUGGAGACUCCUGGAACAUCCCUAGGUCUAAGUGGCCGGAUGGUGAUAUGAUCCCACCUUAUAUCCCAGAAUUUUAUGGUGGUUGGCAUCUGCCCCUCAUACCCUCCCCGUCCCCUUAUCGGAACAGUCCAGUCAGCUGGAGCAACAGCCCGCGCCUUUCACCUGGCCCUCAAAAUGGACGGAUGACUGACAUCCAGAGCUACCCAAACAGAGACAUGCAGCCUGAAGAGCCUGUGAGGUACAACCCAUCUGGUUCUCUAUCACCAACACGUCACAGGGAGGCACCCCAGAGCAUGCGUGUCAUUUAUGACUUCAUGGCCAGGAAUCACCAGGAGCUGAGUGUUAUGAAGGGGGAGGUGGUUCAGGUGCUAAACCAGUCCAGGCAAUGGUGGCUUGUUCGUAAUGUCCGUAACGAGGAAGGUCAUGUUCCUCAGAAUGUUCUGGAGCCCUUAAAUGGGGCUGAGCACAUGGUGGACCACCAGGAGAUACGUGCCCAGCCACCUCUCGACAUGAGGUCCACAUCUGCAGAUGUUAAAGCUUGGCUGGAAUUCAAAGGUUUCUCAAAAAUAACCGUGCGCAGCCUGGGAGUGCUGAAUGGAAAGCUUCUACUGGGGAUGACCAGGGAUGACAUGAAAAUGGUUUGUCCAGAGGAAGGAGCCAAGGUCUUCUUCCAGCUUCAGGCCAUCAAGUCAGCCAUUGCACUUGCCAGUGAACCAGGGUAUGGCCAUUACUAAUGAUCUGACUCGAGUUAAUCACAUUGUUUGCUAUUUUCGUCUUGAUUAUUUUCCAUCAUUCCAUUACAGUAUUUCAAUCAGUCAACAUCUGUAACACUCUGUGACAAAUGUAUCCUUUUCUGACAUGUCAACCAGCAAAUAGUGUUUUCUCGAUUCAUAGGGAUGAAGUACUCUCUGUCAGUUGAACUUGUACACACAUGGAGUACAUGAAGGGUAACAAUAAUUUUGGGUUGAUCAGAAAUAAUUUGCACGGCUAAAGAUGUCUUUUACUGUUCACUAUACUUGUAGUUAUUUCCAGUCAAUGGUUUACCUGUCUUUUUUUUGUGGCUUUUAUGAAUGGUGUAUAAUGAUAUUAAAUGUAAUCUGCAAAGAUCCGUUUUCCUCUCUUAAUGACCUGUUCCUAUUCAUGCCUUAUGUAUUAUUAAUGUUAUCCAGAGAUACAUAGAAAAUAAAGCAUAUUCUUUCUC